AUGGUAAUCAUGCUUCUCACCCUGUUGUCCAUGGCUCUACGGGCCAUUUCCGGCCCAACAUCGUUCCACGGCCGCAGCGGCAGCAACAACAUGGAGAACCUCGUCACCUUUGGCGACAGCUACACCGACGAAAACCGCUUCAACUACUUCAUCCAACACCACGCGGCGCCGCCCAUCGGAGAAAUGCUGCCCCCAAGCAGCGACACCUGGAGCGGCGGCUACGCCUGGGGACGGCUCGUCGCCAACGCCACGGGAGCAAAAUACUACAACUACGCCGUCGCCGGCGCCAUGUGCACCAACAACGUCGAUUCCCGCGACCUGGACGCCAUCAACGGCCCCUUCCCCUCGGUGCUCGAGUACGAGAUCCCUGCCUUUGAGCAGGACACUCGCUACCCCGGCCUGUACCCCGACCGGAGGCCCGACAACACCGUCUACGCGCUCUGGAUCGGCACCAACGACCUGGGCAUCGUCGGCAUCCUCGCCGACAAGCAAAAGGCGGGCACCACCAUCACCACCUACGUAGAGUGCAUCUGGACCGUGCUCGACCGCAUCUACAGCGCCGGCGGCCGCCACUUCGUCCUGCUGAACCAGGCGCCCCUGGAGCGAGCGCCCAUGUACGCCACCCCCGAGUCGGGCGGCCUGGGCGAUACCCCCGGCUGGAGCAACAAGACGGCGUACAACACGACCGAGUACGCCAACAAGGUGCUCGAGUACACGACCAGCGUCAACACCAUGUACGACUACGGCGGGCCCAUGUAUCUGCUCGCCAAGCGGCGCUGGCCGGGCGCCUCCCUCUCCCUCUUCGACACACACUCGCUCAUCAUGGACGUCGUCAACAGCCCUGCGAGUUACCUCGAUGCCCCGGCCGAUGUCGUCGCCCCGUUCCGCACGUGUCUGCUCAACGGCUGUGUCGACUCCAAGCAUCCCCGGUCGAGCUUCUUGUGGUUUGACGAGCUGCAUACUUCAGAGCGCAUGCAAGAGAUUUUGUCCAAAAACUUCAUCGACGUUGUGCAAGGCAAGUCCAAGUAUGGCACCUACUACAAAUGA